UUGGCUCCUAUGGAGAUGAAGUUGGAUGAAGAUGUUUCAAAGCUUAGCAAGCUUGAAUCAACAAAAGUUGAAAUGCUUGAAAUGCAAAAGGAGAAUGAGAAGUUGAAGAUGAUCUUAGGACGAAUAGCCGAAGAUUAUCGAGGUUUGCAAAUGCGUUUCUUUGAUGCUUUUCAGCAAGAACAAGUGAAAAACAACGGUGAACAGAUUCCGGUCAUCGCUCUCAAACAAGUAGAAGAAAAAGAAGUAGAAAAAGAGCCUUUCGAGCUUGUUUCACUUCGGCUUGGCACAAGUUCUAGUUUUCAAAAGAAGGAAGAGAAGAUUAUCAGGAAUGAUGAUAAAAAAGAAGAAUGUUUAACCUUAGGAUUAGGCGAAACUUUAUCGAUGAAUUCGGAGAAUAAUACCUUUGAAGAUGCUAAGCAAGAUGAGGUUUCACAGCAACCUCUAGUGAAGAAACCUAGGGUUUCAGUUAGGGCAAGAUGUGAUGCACCUACUAUGAAUGAUGGAUGCCAAUGGAGGAAAUAUGGGCAAAGAGCGAAAGGAAAUCCAUGCCCUCGAGCUUAUUAUCGGUGUACUGUUGCACCAGCAUGUCCAGUCCGAAAACAGGUGCAAAGAUGCGCAGAAGAUAAGGCUAUAUUAAUCACAACCUAUGAAGGGACACACAACCACCCAUUGCCGAUAACUGCCACUGCCAUGGCCUCCACCACAUCGGCGGCAGCCGGAAUGCUAAUGUCAGGGUCAUCCAACACCACCACCUCCUCCACUGCCUUUAACUUCCCUGAUAAUUCAAAACCAAUCACACUAGACCUAACUAGUCCUCAAGCUCUACAACUCAAUAGUUAUUACUACUCUUCACCAUCAUCUUCAAACUUGAACUUCUCCUCUUCCUACAUGCAAAGAUCAAACAACGCAAUGACCGAUUCGAUAGCGAAAGCAAUAACAUCUGAUCCAAGUUUCCGGUCAGUGGUGGCUGCAGCGAUCUCUUCAUAUAUCGGUGCCGGAGAUCAGAGCUUGUGUUUGGCUCAAGAUGGCAAUGGUUUUAGUGCACCAAAGUUAUUGAGUAAGUUCAAUGAUGCAAGUUUUAAUGCUCAGCAAGGGAAGAACUUGAUGAUGUAUCAACAACCUCCAUUGUUGCCAUUCUCUGACUCCAAGACUACUUCAGCUUUUUCUCCUCUUGAGACCAGAGAGAACAUCAACUGA